ACUAAGAGACAUGAGUGAAGAGCAGAGACAAACAAACAGAGAGAGCUGGACUGUAGACGGUCAGCUAAAAGCUCGAAGCCAUAAACUCCGGACAUAGCACAAAGACUCUCAGUAAACAGGGUAUAAAGCUACAAAGUGUGUCCUUCUUGGGUUAAGAUGAUGCAAAGCUUCUCAUUCCAGUAGUUUCCCUGAAUGGACAUGCCGGUAGAGGGAGGAGUUCUUUAGCAUUGGUAGUGGGACUCCACCUGGAAUAUCAAGGUCAUGUUAGUCUCUCACAGCUUUGCCUCUCAAACACCUCUAUAACUCAGGAUGUCCUCUCAGACAAAUGAAGACAAGAACAAGCAGGAAUUUAAUUAGUGUCAUGAAGUGAUUAAUAACUCCAUAGACAUGGACAGGCUGAAUCACAAUGUUCCAGAACAUGGCCGCCAGACUCAUCAGGUGCUACAGAGCACACCACUGGACCUGAUUGAAACAGGCAAGACUCUCAAAGUCCAGGCAGAACUACCCCAUCUUGUCAGUUUGGGAAGUGGUCGUCUGAGUACAGCUAUAACUCUACUGCCCUUGCCGGAGGGGAAGACUACACUCGGUCAUAGGAACACAGACAUUAAUAUUCAGGGUCCCGGUAUCACUGCUCAACACUGCUACAUUGAAAAUGCGGGGGGAGCCAUCACACUGUACCCCUGCGGAAAUCAGUGCUCAAUAGAUGGCCUAGCAGUUACCAAGCCUUCUAGACUCACACAAGGGUGUAUGCUGUGUUUUGGUCAGUCAUCCUUUUUCCGCUUUAACCACCCAGAAGAGGCCCUCAGGAUGAAAAGUUUGAUGCCAUGUGUAAACCCUGGACUUACCAGUGCCUACAAGAAUCACUCAGAAACCCAUAGCCAGAUCAAUGGAAAUCAGGUUCCUGUGCAAGAGCGAACUCGUCCUGGUCACGGCACUCUUGUCCGCUCUAUUGAGAGAGACCUCCAGCAUAUCAUGAACUCUCUGUCUAUGGAUGAAGCUCAGACUUCUUCAUCUGAGCACCGUAAACAAACCCACCACCCCAUUCCACAAUCUGACAUGCUUAACGGGGGUGGCCACAGUCUUGUCUCCCCUCCAGCCAGUCCUGGUGCUAUGUCCGUAAGCUCCAACUAUAAAAAUGGCAGUCCUGCCUUCUCUCCCCUUUCAACGCCAUCUGUGGUUAGCAGUCCAGGAGCUUGUUUGGACUCAGCUAAUAAUCGUUCGACAACCUACACCCACACAAUCCAGGCACCAGUGCCACAACCACGCACAUUUGCAUCCAAGGUCAGCAGCUCUAAUGGUGGACCAAAGGAUCAAGAAAGUCCCAGACUUCAGAAGAAAGUCUUGACUGAAACUCCCUCAAGCCCCACUACAAACCGUAAAUGCCCAAACCAGGAUUCUCUGAUCAGAGGUGGAGCUGAGAGUCCACAACUUACUCAUGGUUCCUCUUGUGGCUCUUUCUCAUUUGCCUCUGGAGAUUUGGGCAGACAGGCCAGUGCCAGACUCACCCCAAAAUCUGUCACAACCUCUUCCUCACCAGCCUCUUCCAGCCCAAGAUCCAGUGUUGGCUCCUCUGUCCAAGAAACUUCUUCCAGUCUUCAGCACAACCAGCUCCACUCACAUACACACUUCCCUCCAGAGAGCCCCCAAUCCACUCGCCAUUGCAUCGAACCAUCCAGCAUGAGUGAUCUUCCUCCUCUCAGCCCCUCUGCAGCACGCAGAGGUGUCCUAGGAGCUCUACCUGGCGUUCCCCUGAACCCUCGCAGCCAGUCGGGUCGGAGCGUACCAGAGAGCCCUCGACACCAGCGACGAAUCGCAACAGAGGAAGAAGUAGGAAAUAGCAGGCUGCGAGCCAGAAGUCCAUCUCCUGUAUCAGGAGUUUUGAAGGACCAGCCAGGUGCACAUGUAGGUAGACAAAGGGGAGGUAUCACCCCAGCUCUUAUCUCUCAGACUGGAGUGUCUCCUCUCACCAGUCCCCAGAACCAAAGAAAGAACCCCAGGGAGCCACGGCAGGUCCAGCCACGCAUACGGGAACGCAAGAACAGCAUAUCAGAGGUCAGCGACAAAGAGGAAGACUUACUGGAGUACCAUCGCUGGCAGAGAGAGGAGAGGAUGCGCGAGCAGGAGAUGGAGAAGCUGGAGAGGCAGAGGCUUGAGACCAUCCUUAAUUUGUGCAUGGAAUAUAAUAAGAGUGACCCACUGGUUGGCGUGGACACAGGGAGGGCGUGUCAAUUUCCGGGUAUGGAGGAGGUCUCUAUUCGGCGACCAGGCCCUGAACCUGUGAGUGUGGCAGUCCAGCACUCUCACAGAAAGAGAGAUAGUGAGGAGGAGAACCUGAAAGAGGAGUGUAGCAGCACUGAAAGCCAGCACCAGGAGCAUGAAGAUUCUUCAGUGCUGGGGCAGCAGGAGAGAGUGUUUCUGGAGGAGGAGCGGCGCAGGGUUCUUGCUCAAGUGGAUGCACUAAAGUCCCGUGUCACUGAGCUGGAACAACAGAUACAGGAGUCCAGGCAAGAGGCAGAGAUGGAGAAGGCAUUACUGCAGGGAGAAAGGAGGGCGGAACUCAAUCAAGUGGAGACAGAGUUAGAGAUUAUCAAUCAACUUCAGCUCAAAUUGAAUGAAGUGGAAAAUGCAACUCACAGAGAGAAAGAGAAGGAGAGAGCAAAAGUCUCAGCUGAGCGGGAUGUCCUGGCCGGGCUGAGGGACUCGUACAGUGAGCUGAAGUGCCAGCUUCAUAAAUGCCCCGAAUCAUUGAGGGAGAACUUAAAGGAACAACUGACCAGGAAGCUGGAGGCGCUGGAGUCGGCCACUAAGCGCUUUGAGGAUUUGGAGUUCCGCCAGUUGGAGAGAGAGAGUGGCAUAGAGGAAGAGAAAGAGACGGUCAGUCGACAGCUGUUGCAAGAGAAGGCAGAGUAUCACCGCAAUGUGACCAAAAGGAAGGAGAAAAUGGCAUCACUUGAGAUCCAAGCUAAUCAACUAGGUAUUCAGGCAGCUCAGGAUUGUGAAAGGAUGGCCAAAGAUAGAAUUCUGGCCCUACAGAUGCUCCACAAGGAAAAGGAGAGACUGGCUUCCCUGGAGAAGAGAUACCAGAGCCUGACAGGUGGAAACACUUUUCCCAAGCCUACCAACACUCAGAAGGAGGAAGUGCUGUACAUCAGCGAACCUGACCUUUUAGAUGCUCUCCCUACCCAGCAUUCUCUACUCCCGUCAUCUUGUUGUCAAAGUUCCUCCCCUCAGGAAUAUCUCAAACUCUCUGAUGUAUAUAAGAUGUAUGGGAACGGAUGUAUACCAGCCCAAACUGCGUCCCCUAAUGCUCUCUGUCUUCCGCUGGCUGUAACAUCAGACACACCUCGUGAGGAGUAUGUGACAGUUAGUCAAUUAAACCAGUUGUUCGGGAUGCCCAAAGUUGACCCCUCCCCCACAUCUUCCGUCCAAUCAUUCCAAGCUACUGUUGCUGACCCUGUACACUCCAGCUACACAUCUCAGUGUGGCACUUCCCAGUCGCUUCUUGUUGAGACCCAGCCUGCAUGGAGUAAGUCUUCAAUCCCCAGGCUAGAUUCUGAACGCUGGUACCAAGAAAUCAUGGCAGCUGGGGAGCCCAGUCAUGACUGCCCUCCCCCUCUGCCAGCCAAAUGUCUUUCCUCACGUAAACCUAUGCAGAUCUCCAAGUGUAAGCAAGAUGUAGAUGUGGGACAGACCAACGGCACCUUUACUCCCCCGCCAUCCAGCAUGAGUACAUCAGGCAGAAACACACCCACCAAAAGUCUCCCAGAUCUGUCUCCUGCUUAUUUGGACUUUGACUCCAGGAGACAGUUGGAUCUACAGGGCAGAGGGCUCUAUGCAUGUGAUGAUUCCAGAAUCCAUCCUGCAGAUCCUAAACAGAGGCCUGUGAUAGACUCUCAAAGCCACUGGAGGGCACCACAGGGCUCUAACUCCCAGCUCAACACCCCUUUCCUAUCUUCAGGAGCUCCCAUGGUACACCACUCUAUUCUGCACCACCAGGCACCCCCAGCUGGAGAAUCAACGUAUGACACUCUGAGUCUGGAGAGCUCUGACAGCAUGGAGACCAGCUUAUCUACUGAUAACAACUCUGCCUGCUCACCUGAAAGUGGCAAUGGGCUGGCAGGACUGAGGCUGGAGGAGAUGGAGAAGAUGCUGAAGGAGGCCCAGCAGGAGAAAGCCAGACUGGUGGAGAGUCGAGAGAGGGAAGUUCAGGCACGAAAGCAGCUGCUGGAAGUUGAGAGAAAGAGGCGAGAGGAGGUAGAGAGGAGGUUGCAGGAUGAGACUGAACACAGGCAGAGACUUGUGGAGGAAGAGGUCAAGAUGAGGGAGAAACAGUGUUCCCAGGCUCGGCCAAUGACGCGCUACCUGCCUAUUCGGAAAGAGGAGUUUGACCUUCGUUCUCAUGUGGAGUCAUCAGGCCACUGCGUGGACACCUGUCCAUAUGUCACUGUUACAGAGAAAAUGUGCAAGGGCCAUCUUGUGAAGAUGGGUGGCAAGAUCAAAUCCUGGAAAAAACGGUGGUUUGUCUUCGAUCGACUUAAAAGGGCCUUUUCUUAUUACGUAGAUAAGCAUGAGACCAAACUGAAGGGUGUAAUCUACUUUCAAGCCAUCGAGGAGGUUUAUUAUGAUCACCUGCGCAGUGCAACUAAGAGUCCCAAUCCCUCUCUAACCUUUUGUGUGAAGACUCACGAUCGACUUUAUUUCAUGGUGGCACCAUCCCCAGAAGCCAUGCGAAUCUGGAUGGACGUCAUAGUUACAGGUGCUGAGGGCUACACACAGUUUAUGACCUGAGGGCGAGAGAGCGCAAUUAUGCCUGAAAUGAUCUGAGAGUGAGCAAGACUCAUUUAACAGGAAGUGAAGCAUGUGUAAAAUUUGUUAAAUCAUGUCAAAAACUUCAGCCAGCACAGACGGAUCUCUGUGUUAUCGGGACUAGAGAGGAACUGUAAGCAGGCUGGACUAAUGCCGACAUAAUAUUGUGCAACUGAUGCUCGGAUUUUAUGUUGGUAAAAAGAGAACCUGAAAAAAACUAUAUUAUAUAUAUAUAGAGAAAGACAAAGAGAAAAACAAAUGUUUAUCUCUGUACUGUUGUAAUACAAAGAAACUUACAGAGCUCAGAGCUUACAGUAUUUAAUGGCAUUUCAUAUCAAUUAUAUGCCUAAUUUUUUUUUUUUUUUUUUUUUUUUAUAACAUAUAUCUCUUGAAUUUUAUGGUGCCAAGCCUUUUGGUGUAUAUACAUCAGUACAUUACAACACCAAACACUUCUAUUUACUCUUAGGUAUUUAGUUGCAGUGACAUAAUUACAAGGAAGAGAUGAGAUUAAACUCUAAAUAAAAUUUAUUUGAUAGUCUUCAUAAUCUCUGUUUUUUGGUGAGAAAUCUUUAUUUUCAUUUUUGAUUACCAUGCAAGAUAUUUUACUGCAUUUUACAUGUUGUCUGUCUUUGUCUUGUUUGUUCUGAAUACAUUUUAUUCUGAAGAUUCUUAAACAAAUGGCUCAGGUGCUUAGAUGAGUAACAAAAAAAAAAAAAUAAAUUAAAAAAAAAAAAACAAA